AUGGAAUCGUCACUCAUAUAUAUUACGAUUUUACUUUUGAAUAUGUUUGAAUUUUUGCCAGGAAUAGUAUUUAAUAAAGGUAAGCAUCAAUACCACUUCACUUGUUACAAUGAAGGCUCGCCUACCGACAUUCAAAUAAUCAAGUUGUUCCUUUCCACUGACAAUUUGAAAGUCCACUGUUUCUUCCGAAGUGAAAACUCUGAUAUUUCAAAGGCAAUUCUGGGUAUUUUUACAACAGGAGGCAUUGCUCCCAAAAUGAUAGUCAUGAACAGCACAUACAAUUUUGACUUCCACUUUAACUUAUCUCUGUUCAGGAAUCAGUUGGUCUGGAUAAUUGAUAUUCCCAGAGAAAACAUCACAGUAAACACAGACAUCGCAGCGGUAGAACAAUGGAUAAUAAAGAUUACAAUGCAUGAUGGAUUAAACAUUUAUGAUACUGAAGGUACCCUACUGGAUCUUGUCCGAGAGCCUGUUCUUCAGUGGAGUCUUGGACCUAUCAUGAAUAGGACGCACAUCAUGGAAUUGUAUCCACAUGUGAUCGAUAUCAUAGUGACAAAGUGCCCCUGUGCCAAUGAUGUGGCAUUACUUGGCUUUAUUUUGAAUUCAACAUAUAAUGGUGUUUACAUAGGCAAAACCGUUUCUGGAUUUUGGAAAAAUAAUGAAACCGUAUGGUAUGACAUGACAGAUAUGAUCUAUACAGUCCUUAAAGAUGAACGCAAAGGGCUUACUGUGAUAGAUAUGACUUUAACAAAUCAUUUUUUAGUCAUCCUUACCUCGUUGGGUCUUUUUGUAAGUCCUGAUCUUCGUUAUCCAUCCACUUCACCCAUACAGCUUUCAAGAGCAGACUUCUGCGGAUUUGAAAGGGACGACUAUAUGAAAGGAAAACUGUGGUAUAAUGAAAGAUGUUUUGCGAACACAGAAAGUUUUGAAGUUGAUUAUAUUACUAUCACUUUCGACAGAAACAGGACCCUCAGUGAGUCCAGUUCUUGUUUUUAUAGUAAAGAACCAUUUCUUCACUGGUUUCCUUGCUUAACUAGCACUAGUAAAACUACAAAAUAUCUUCCAUAUGUGAUAGCUUUUCUUAUUGACAAUGAAAGUGAAACUGGAAUUUCUCUCCUCCGUAGUCAGGAUACAAAAAACGUCUUUGUCUCUGUAUCAAUGCUCAAGGAGGAGAAACCAAGCCCUCGACCAAAAUUUCCAAAUUUUAAAUUUCCUGCCUCAUUCUCUCAUCCAGUUGGAAUGGUGUUUCAUCCCCGAAGCCACUUUCUGUAUGUUUAUGGUGAUCAGGUAUGGCUUUCAAUGGACGGUGGCAAUACUUUUGAUUUACUGUGUGACUUUCAAAGUAACUAUGCAAGGAAGAGUAUUCAUAGCUUUUAUACUUCAGAUAUUUCUUUUAUUACAGAAAAUGGAAAGAUUUACAGGACAAAGGCAGGAUUAACAAGAUACACUAAGCUGGGGACAAUUUCUGAUGAUGUUUUUACAUUAUACUAUGAUCACUUGGGAUACAUACAUAAACUGACUCCAGAUGACGUUAACACUGGCUCAUCCCUUCAAGGCUCUGGAACGUCUGGCAGUAUUUUUGGAAAGCCACCUGAUUUGGGAUUUGAGACUGCACUAGCUCCACAGUUUGUCUCUUCCAAUGAGAUGCUUUUCUUUGCAUUUGUCCCAGAAAAUCAAUCUAGCAGUACUGUAUACCAGAAACACUUCCAAAACAUUCACGCUGGGAAAGUGAUAAACUACAGUAAAACUGGAAAAGCUUACAUCAGAAAAGUAUUUAAACACACCAGUUUUCCUUUGGGAUUCGAUACUUCAGUUGUUGCAGAAAUACUAGAACCUUUUGGGAUAGAGGAAAUAAGUGACAGCCCUUGCUUAUCUAGCGGUCUUACCAUUUCAAGUAAUGGAAGCCGCUUCUACACUCUUACUCUUACAUCACAAAACCCCAGACAAGCAUUUAAAUCUACAGAUGUUGAAAAGACUGUGGUGAAACCUGGCCACAGCAGCUUCCUGAUCACAGAAAUUAUAGAUAGCUGGAAUGCUUUAUCCAUAGCUACUAUGCCUCAUACUGUAAAAUCAACCUUGAGAUUUGCCCCAAACACUUGGUUCUUAUACAACUUUGGAUUAAAAGGAGGACGGAAUUGGAACAUACAUUUAAGACCAUGUAAUUACUGGUUUCAAGCAUAUGAUAAAAAUUUUCUAUCCCUCAGUCUUGUGGAGUAUAUUGACGUUGGAAACAAAGCAGAUUUUGAAUUUACUGUUAUUCCUCAUGUAACAAGUUCAAUGCCAGUUCAAGGCCAACCAUUGAGUGUGAUUGUUGGAAACCCAAUGUUAUUGGAAGUUAAGACAGAAGGUCAUUUUGACAUCAAUGAAAAUUACCAUUUGAAGAUUGACGUAGGUAGCAAAUUUUCACACAAAGGCUCCACUUCGCUGGCACUGGUUCUGUGGGACGCAUCAACCGAUUGCCUUGUCACUACACUGGUGACAACCAUGAAGAGCAGCUGCAGUUACCUCAGGACCAUGCACCACGUCCCUGACGCUGACAUCCCGCCUGAAGACUGGGUCAGCGGAGUUCACGAGGACAGCCUGGGCUUCAAUAUGAUCAAGACUCUGCCGGUAAACUACAGGCCUCCAUCUAAUAUGGGAAUUUCUAUUCCACUGACUGAUAACUUUUAUCAUGCAGACCCUAGCAAACCCAUCCCAAGAAAUCUGUUUCAGAAAUCAAAGGAAACUGGCAAAUACAAACAGUGCGCCAAUGCCACCCGUCGGGAAAUGUGCAACUGCACUGAACAUCAAAAGGGUUCACAUGCUGUCGCUUUCUCAGACUGCAAAGAAAAGGUUCAUCGCUUCAGGUUUCCAGUCACACAAUACCCAGUCCUUUUGGAGAUUCUCAAUGAAAGAGGAAGAUUCUCUGUGGAACCCCCAUAUUUGGUUACCGUGACUGAAGUCAAUAUGAGAAAAAACUGGGAACUAAAGCAAACGGUGCCAGAGAGUGUUAAGAAGUUGAAGACUUACUUAGAGUCAAGGCUUAAAACUCCAGUGUAUAAUCCUUUAGGUCUCAACCUCAGUAUAAGGGGCUCUGAGCUGUUUCACUUCAGGGUGUCUGUAGUUCCUGGAGUCAGCUUUUGUGACUUAGCUGAUGAAUUUCAGAUUUAUGUCGAUGAAGUACCAUUGCCUUUUCCAGGACAUGCACUAAUUGCUGUUGGAACAUCUGUAGUGCUAGGGGGAUUAAUUUUCACAUCAUUUUUCCUCCAAAUGCGUAACAUCCACCCAUGUAGAGCAUUGCGAAGAGUUAUCAGAGGACACACUGCAAACCACUCGGCUAUAAGCAUCAACUCAUGA